GCGCAGAACCAGGGGAGAACUGGAAGCCAGGGCCAAGAAGAAAGCCCGGCGAGAACAGGAAGCGGCUGCAGCAGCGGCGGCCCCCCUCGCGGAGGCCGAACCUGGUCCUGUGUGGCAGGACAGGCGAGGCUCCGGCCGGCCCCCAAAUGGGGAGCUGCAAGCCCUGACGACCGUGCCGGACCGCGAGAUCGCUCACGUUCUCCUUAUCGUGUGGCGGUCAGCGCCGACAGGCUUCUUCGUCUUUCGAAGGCGCGCUGACGCGCCUCUUGCGGCACAAGGAGCACGAUCUGCAGAAAUCCUCCAUGCCAUCCAACAGGAUGCGAAGAAACGCUACACGUUGAGACACUUCGAUGGGGAGAAGAAGCUUCGCCGCCGAGAGCUUCCACCCUAUUUGUACCACGGAACUCGGGUGGGUGCACUUUCUAUUAUAGCGACAAUGGAGUGUAUCUCACGGAAGGAGUGCGCGGAGCCAUUGCAGGCACGGCCCCCUCAGGGGAAGCCGUUGCAGCGGGACUCCGCCGGGCACGUGAAGCGCGUGGUGGAUACAUGCGUGCAGCGUUUGUUGCUCUUCUCUGCCAGUGGCGGUGAUGCCCAUGCUUACUUUACCAAGGACUACUGCAGGAUGGCCGCUGGACUGGCCGGUGGGACCCUUACACCCCAUCUCAUUCAGCACAGGACAACGGCCCCUCUGGGUGCCGUCAGCUCUCACAUGUCGUACACGCCAAAUUCCGAGGCCUCUCUUUUGUGGUCCCCGGGUGAUGAGUCGGGGGAGUUUCCUCCAUCACCGGCGCCGGCUGCACCAACUGCGUCGGCAGUGCCUGCCCGAGAGACUCCCGGUCAGGCUGCUGAGUCUUCCUUCCGCUUCAGGCUGGCGCCUUUAUUCAUCAGCUGCACUAGGUUUUACAUCGCUCCUAUUCGCGGAGACAACGGCGACUCUCCCGCCGAGCACGCGAGCGAUGGUCGAAUGCAGCACCCGCCCCCCAGCAUUGCUGCUGGCCCUAAGCCGGGUGGCAAUGGGCAACGGACAUGGAUGCCCGCUCUGAAAAUGAAGGCACCUCCACCCAAUCUUCUCCCGACUGGGUCGACUGAGGCAGAGCCCCGCGCAUCCCCACCGGCACCCCCCCCGAAGAGGUCGGCAGAAGCAGCUACCCUGGCAACUGACGAGACAGGCGGACAGGAGAAGCUGGUCACAGAACAAGCACUGAUCCCUACGGCCCCCGCUGGGGAGCCGUCUCGGCAAGCCACGUCGCUGUUGCCACCUGAGCCGCCGGUUCCUCGGAGGAACGUCAUGCGAGCCUGGAUUGGGGACCUGCCCGCCCCGACGAUACUUGCCAUCACCCAGAAACCCGCGAUGGGCGCUGAGCAGAGUGCUUUGCCCACAUCAUUAGAUGUUGUCUUUGGUGUGGCACUCAAUGCCCAGGCCUUCGGACAUCGCACACUGGUGCGCUGCGCUCCGAUCCCUGUGGGAUGUCUUAUCCAGACUGGCACAAGCACGCGGACAGGAUUAGCCACGGAGGCGGCGGUUGUCCACCCGUGGCCAAUGCAGACCCAGCUCGCCUUCCCCGCAAAAGAGCUCUCCGUCGGGCCAUUGGCCGAGCUGCCCGAAACCCGGCUCAGUCCACUCACUACAAAGGCCGCCUCUGUACACUUGAUACUCUUAGGGGAGUACCCGCAGGUUCAGGUCCGCAGUCAAAUUGACUUCUUUUUCGCACGAGCUGCGCAAAUUGAUGGCGCCCGUCACUACCCCGUACUGGUAAGCAUCCCGGCGGUGCAUUACCAAUCCCCUGCCAAAAUACUUGACGCGUUCUGCGACCACCUGGCCCACACCCUUUCUGCCUCGCCAGACCCCUCUGAACUGGUCUUACGACCCUUCACCAUCGUCGCGCAGAUUCGGCACUGGCGAGGCACGGGAGAGCGUCUCUGGUUCUCCGUUGGGUGCCGCGUCUUGAUGAGGCGUUAUCCCUUCUGCCCGCGCGCAAAGCCACUCCGCCUCAUCUGGCACAGCUUCACUUGUGGCACCUUGGUAAAGAUGUUCUCCUCCCGCAUCUUGCCACUCUCUGCCAACAACUCUGGCAGUCCCCUCAUGACUUCCAUCAACUCUGGGCAGACGCCUGGAUCGCAUGGCUCGCUAAGCCUGGCAAAGCCCCGGACCAGCCAGAGAGGUCGUAUCGUUGUCAAAGCGCUCACUCUCCAACUACGUCCGUCCCUCACUGAGGCGACGAGGUCCUGGCCACAGUACGCUUAUGUGCCAGGGCGUAGCAUUGAACAUGCAAUUAUCCGUGCUUUGCAUCACUGUCGUCGUGUUCAGACCGCCAUCGCGUCGCAGCGGAUCACUCUUCAGGAGAGACGCGCCACGGGACGCGUCCCCACCGCCUGUCAGGGUGGCGUCACACUGUCCAUCGACACGAGUAAAGCCUUUGACACAGUCGAUCGAAGCGUUCUUGAGCAGGAACUCAAGACGGCCCGUAUUUCGGAGCCGGAACUCACCCUUAUCAUGUCCUUGCAUCAAAACAUCGGGUAUUGGCCAGCAGGCCCGGAGUCCGAUAUCAGAGUCUCUAGCGAGAGAGGCGUGCGACAGGGUUGUCCUCUUGCCCCUAGUCUCUGGACGCUUGUAACCGUUGCUUUGCUUCGAACCAUGGCUGGCACGGCGUCCCUUGACUGGAUUCAGCACGACACCACUAUGUUCGCAGAUGACCUCCUUCUCCAAUGGGAGUACAACAGCAUCUCAGAGCUAGAGUGCAUGAUAUCCACCAUCCAGCACUGCUUCCAAGUCCUUGCUCGACUAGGUCUCCAGGUGCAGCACCGCAAAACACAACUCCUCGUCGCCCAAAAAGGUCGCCUGGCGCACAAAUGGUGGCAAGCACACACGGCCUCCACAAAGGAUGGCCGCUUCCUUCGGAUCCCGCAACCGGGUCAGAAGGAUCUGCACCUUCCCAUUGUCCCACAACUCACCUACCUGGGCAUCGUUCUCUCUUAUAAGGAUGCGACCACCGCCACCGUCGAGCACCGUCUUCAGGUUGCCGAAGCCCAAAGAGCGCGCCUUCUUAAAGUGCUGCACUCGCGUACUCUUCCUCUACAGAAGAGAGUGCAACUCUGGGUGGCAUGUGUUAGAAGCUCGGCGUUAUACGGACUACAUCUGUUAGACCUGCAACAGAAGCAUGUUGCACGCAUCACCGUUGUCCUUGUCAAGCACCUGAAGGCUAUAGCUCGGAGCUUUGCCCACAUGUCUCAGGAAGCUAGUCAGACCUUGCUCCUUAGGCUAGGUGUAGAGGAUCCGCUGCAUUUCCUGCUGCGCACCGGCCAGAAACUUCUGACAAAAACACUCCAAUCGCAAGAUCCGAUGGUGCACCAACCACGCAUACUGCAGUGGCUAGCGCAUAUCACGGAAGCCAGGCUGGCGCUGGACUCGCACGUUGCGCAUGUGAUUCCGCCCAUUGCAGAGUCCUGUCCUGCUGCGACGGCUCUGGAUGGUGAUGUCAAGGAGUCUCUCCGCAUUGUGCCACGGGCUGCUGCAGACCCUCUAGCGGAUGAUCCUCCCGCCACGGCCCCCGCCCCGGGUGUGCAGACAACGCUGCGCCAGUUUUGUGCGACGUGCGGCCAAUGGCUGGUGCCGCUGCUGAUGACUGUAAAAAAGUGGGUCACCUUAUCUCACCAUGUGUCUACUGUGGAGCACAUGUCACCCGUACGGAUCAGCACUCUAGUACGUGCCCUGUGCUCUGGCAAGCGCGUGUUUGUUGUCUGGUACAGGCAGACCUUGCAUCCAAAAGCAUCGCCGAGCCGGCACCUGCCCCCAACUCAGCCCCAUCCUGCCAUGGAGCACGUGCCCAUGCAGAUGGACUUGGACGAGGAGGAGAAGGAGUGCUUCGGGAAUCUCCUAGGGAAGCGAGCCCUUGCGCUGGGAGUGGAGUCCCCGAGCAAGUAUCCCCACCCGGGUGGAAAAGGGGCCCCACCACAGGGAGGCAGCAGACCGCGACCCCCCCCACCACAUCGUGGUUCCCGCCAAGCGGCCCCCUCCCAGGGGAGCCGGACAAAAGAGGAACACCGAGGAAAAUCAGGGACUUCUUCGGACCAGCUGCUGCACAAGGUGGCCAAGGCGCUCAUCGUCCAGUCGGAUUAUCUGUCACGCCUACAAAGCGAUCACACGGUCAUCUUUACGUUUCGGAAUGGCGACGGCCCUCAGCUGAUGGUGCCGCUACUCCACGAGGUGGCGGCCAACUGGCGCGACCAACGCAGCAAAGGCAAAGUCACCAAAUCUCUCAAGCAGACUCUGCUCCAGUACGUGACGGCGGAAAUCAUCACCAGAGUUACCACGUUCGCAGACGACCCGAGUGCCCAGGCCAAAGCGCAGGAAAUGGGUUGGGUAACCAGCGACUUGGAGUACAACUACCUGGACUGGAACGCCGAGGAACGGAAGCUCGUCCCUCGACAGGAGGCGACGCUGACGCAAGAUCAGAUCCUGGCAGACGCUCGGCGUCUCAAGACCCUUCUGAAGGAGCAGGAAUUGAUCAUCAAAUUCUCA